ACCUGUUCACAAAGGAACAUCAGGGGUUUCAAAAGUUAGACAUAUAAAAGUUUGGCAGCCUGCAGCGAUGAUAAUGAAGACUACAGAAGUAGAUCGUAAUCACAACAGGAAAAAUAUGCUUUCCGCAUAUCCAGACUUCAGUUGCUCUUGGUCUUUUGUAUUGGCUGGGUUAUGCAACAAGUGGUGGUGGCAGUAUGAGGAAGGCAUACGACACUACAGCCAGGAGGCUCUCCACAAGGAGUUUCCAGAGAAAACCAGACCAGGGAACUUCACACAUUCUCCUUUCCAAUGUCCUGAUAUGAGUCGCUCGCCCACUGUCCCCUCCUCAGUUGAGUUGGUUAAGGCGGCGGAUAUUAAAGUCAUUGCUGCCCUGGGGGAUUCUCUGACGACCGCCAUAGGUGCCAAUGCCACCAACGUCCUUGGGAUUCCUAUCGAGUUUCGUCACGUGUCAUGGAGCAUCGGGGGCCAUGGAUCAUACCAAGAUGUCAUUACACUGGCAAAUAUCGUAAGGCUUUUCAAUCCCAAUGUGCUUGGUGCUGCACCGGCCAAGACUGUCCAUGGAACCUCAGCCCCCCUCAGCGAAACAGGAUUCAACCUGGCCGUGACUGGACACAACACCUUUAAUCUACCAGGGCAGACCAGACAUCUCAUUGACACACUGAGAAACUAUGAGGGCCUGAACUUUGAUGAGGACUGGAAGCUACUGACCAUUCUCAUAGGCAUGAACGACAUCUGUGAUUACUGCAAGGAUAAGGUUCUUUUCUCAGUGGACAACUACAUUCACUACAUGACGAACUCCUUGGAAAUGCUAAUGAAUGAGGUUCCCCGUAUGAUUGUGAAUGUAGUUCAAAUCCUGCCCAUGGAAACCCUGAGGCAGGUCCAGAGGCCCACCCCAGGCUGCCUGCUCCAACGAGCAUUCUGUUCCUGCCUGAUCAAGCCCGGGGCCGGUUCCCCUGACCUGAAGGAGCUGGUGGAGAUCAACCUAGAGUUUCAGAAACGGCUAGAGCAGCUCCUCUACAGUGAUAGCUUCUUCAGGGAGGACUUCGCCGUUGUUCUCCAGCCCUUCAUGAAACACGCAGACCCUCCUCGCCUCCCGAGUGGCAAGAUCGACAUGACCUUCUUCACCCAUGACUGCUUCCACUUCACCAUAAAGGGCCACGAGGAGCUAGCCAAGGGACUGUGGAACAACAUGUUCCAGCCAGAUGGAGGGAAGUUUAUGGUGUCAAGCUUUUCUGACCCCAUCGAACUCAUCUGCCCACCCAUGGAUCACCCCUACAUCUACACCCGACCUGCCAAAACAGGCCAGUCCACCAUACCCGUUGUCCCCAGGUCGGCUGUUCCAACGCGGGCAAACCUCCUUCUGUCUCCCCUCGUGGUCCUGGCUGGUAUUCUGUCCUGGAGCAUCACUGCUUUAGCCUCUCUUUAACACUCUAUAAUACUCUAAUAAACUUCUAAGUAGGGGGGAAUAUAGGCAAUAUGACAGUUGCAAUUGUAAUGACAGUGGGUGUUUUUCUUUGUUGCUGCCAUGCCUGCAUUGUCAAGUAUUGAACACAAGAGGGUCUACCAACCCUUGUGUGCUGUGACCAUAGAGAAUGAUAGAGGCCUCUAGUGGCCAAAAGGCCUUAUAAGCAUGGGCAGCACCAUUGAUGUCUUUUCAUGUAGUCAACUGGCUGAUCCCUCCUGGUGACCCUGUUGGAGUCAUGUCCAACCGGGUCAUCAGGAGGAAUCAGCCAAACGUGAAGAA